AUGUCAUCUACUGGCAACACUUUUUACCACUGCGAAAACUCUACCAGGCUCAUUGACAAUACCAGCAGCAGUGGUACGGGACUGGCCACCGUGCUGCCGGACUUCGAACGGCCUUUCUGCAAUCAGAAGUUGAACGUUUCACAUUCUAAUUCUUCUUUUGUUGUUUUUGGCUUUCUUCUAGGCUACGGAGAGCUAAAUGGUAACGCAGGAGAAAGGGAAGUGUCAUUAAAGGGCCUGUGCUCUGAUGAAACCACCACCCCGGGAUCCAGGGUACCCAAUGGCAGCCAGCAGCUCGUAGACACCAAUGCGACCCCAAAGCAGACUGUGAAGGCCAAUGCUUUGGGGAAAGCUGGAAUCAAAACCAAGAACUUCGUUCAGAAAAAUAGCAUGGACAAAAAGAAUGAGAAGUCCUACGAAAAUAAACUUAGAGAAAGCCAGUCUUCGGACAAGCCAGAGGGAGUGUCUAUUCCAAACGGUGUGGUAACCAAUAAUUCUAGCUAUAUCACGAAUGGCUACGUAGGCAAAGGGGCCGAUAACGAUGGUAGCGGCUCCGAGAGUGGAUAUACUACGCCUAAAAAACGGAAAGGCAGGCGCAACAGUGCCAAGGGUUGUGAGAACUUAAAUCUAGUACAGGACAAAAUCAUGCAACAGGAGGUCAGUGCACCAACCUUAAAACAGGAACUUGAGAGUUUCAAGCCUGAUUAUAGUGAACAAAAGGGGAACCGAAUUGAAAAUGCUAAGCCUGUUUGGAAAUACGAAGCUGGGGCUAGUGGAGCAGGCCGGGGAAAGCCUGGGCUUGGGGACGUACAGAGAAAAAAUUCUGAUGCCAAACCUGGGAUUAGCAGCAAGAAGUUUGAUGACCGGCCCAAAGGGAAGCACGCAUCGUCGGCUACAUCUAAAGAGGACUCAUGGACCUUAUUUAAACCACCCCCAGUUUUUCCGGUGGACAACAGCAGUGCUAAAAUCGUUCCCAAAAUAAGUUAUGCAAGUAAAGUUAAAGAAAACCUCAACAAAGCAGCUCAAACCCCAUCCACGUCAUCUUCGUCGUCUUCGUCAUCUGCUGGGGAAACUCAGGCCCAAACAUCAAGUCGACUGUCCCAGGUCCCCAUGUCUGCGAUGAAAUCUGUUACUUCUGCUAGCUUCUCGAACGGGCCGAUUCUGGCAGGGACUGAUGGAAGCGUCUAUUCUCCAGGGACCCAGCCACUGCUCUCAACUGCUGCUAGUACCGUACCAUCAACCUCCUCCGAGUCAGUACCACAGGACAUGAGUACAACUUCGACAGCUCUCGAACAAAAGAAAUCUAGCCUUUUUAUCUACCCUUCAAAUAUGCAAACUGUGCUUCUGGGUACAGCGCAGGUCGAUUUCCCAUCGCAGACGAAUCAGCAGAACCUGGGAGAUAUCUUCCAGAAUCAGUGGGGCUUGUCCUUCAUAAACGAGCCCAGCGCCGGACCCGAAACUGUUGUGGGGAAAUCUGCGGAUGAUCAGUUAAUGGAAGUGACAUUUCAAGGGGUUUCACAGUGCGCUGAAAUCAUUCCCUCAGGAACUGAACAACCUGUGUUUCCUAAGGCUUAUGAGCUGGAUAAACGGACUAGCCCUCAAAUUCUUAGUGCUAUCCUUAAGCCUGGGACUGCUGUUGAGGGUGGUGUCUUAGCUUUGGAGUCGCAUCACACAGGUGACCUACAAAAGUCAGACACCGGUAGCCAAGGUGCUUUAGUGUUUCUUUCAAAAGACUAUGAAGUAGAGAAUCCUCUGGCCUCUCCCACGAACAAUUUGCUAGCCUCCGCCAAAGAACAGAGGUACCAGAGAGGCCUAGAAAGGAAAGAUAGCUGGGGUUCUUUUGACCUGAGGGCUGCUAUUAUAUAUCACACUAAAGAAAUGGAAUCGGUUUGGAAUUUGCAGAAGCAAGAUCCCAAAAGGAUAAUCACUUACGAUGAAGCCAUGGAUCGCCCAGAUCAAUGAAGGUAGCAAGACAAGACUGCCUAUUCUAACCUUUCUGCAGCCUUUGUGCUGUUCGUGGGGGACAAAAGGCUUUUAUGCUCCUUCUAAAUCUUCAGUGCAGCAGAAGAACCAUAACUAGAAUCACAGGAUAAUAUAUACAAAUAUAUAUAUAGUUAUUUAAAAAUGGCAACUGAAAGUAAUUAGACUCUUAAGGAAUCUGAAAAUUUAUUUCAACGAGACUACACACGUGAUUAUUUAAUCUCCGGUACUGAAUAGAUUUUUUUCUGUUUUUUUGUUUUGUUUUUGUUUAAAGAGUGAAUGCAAGUGAUUAACGAAUACAGACUCAAUUUACAAGCCCGGUUCUAAAGUUCCUGCUGUUGUCUACGUGGGCAACAGCAACUCACUGGAGAGGCAUUUCCACUUGACAAGGUUUCUGUUUCUCGUUCUGUGACUGUAGUGACACACUAAUCACAGGGAAAUCAGGAUGAUUCACCAUCCUUCAUCUCCCCUUUCCCUUCCACCUCCCCUAUUUGGUUUUUUUUUCUGUUUUGUUUUCCACUGA